AGCUAGACUAAUACUAAUAACUACUAACGUUGGUACUGAUGCUAGUCGUAUACGUAUAUACAUAAUCCGUACACGGAGUAUUGUCAAUUGGCAAUUAGUUGUCAACAAUUAACUAGGAUAGCUUAUUUUUCUUCAUCCGCCGACGCCUACUGCGCAUCCCGCAUCCCACAUCCCACUCGCGACGCCCUCCACUGAUACACCCCCCUGCGAUCCCCAGCCAGUAUGAGGUCCUUCACCACCCUCCUCCUCGUCCUCGCGGCCUUCCUGUCCACCGCCGCCGCGCAGUUCGGCUUCUUCGACCAGAUGUUCGGCGGCGGUGGCGGGGGCGGUCAGCAGCAGCGCCAACAGCCACAGAACGUCCCCAGCGACUCGAGCAUAUACCGACAGAACUACGACUCGUUCACCUGCGACAACUAUCUGUGUCCCGAUACCCUGGCGUGCGUACACUUCCCACACCACUGCCCGUGUCCCUUCCCGGCCACCGAGGACAAGGUCGAGACGGGCGACGGACACCGGCUGUGCGUGUCCAAGGGCGGGUUCAAGCAGGGCGAGGCGGCGCGCAAGGUCGAGUUGGCCAGGAAGGGCAUGCUAUAGGGGGCGGGCCUGUGAGGUUUGGUAGUCGGACACGGCAAAGAGGACCCGGGGGUUUUUGCCGAGAACGAAGAGCGAAGAGCGAAGCCGGUUUGGGAGAAAGAAAGAAGGACCACGCUGAAGGUUAUCGUGGCACAGUCUCUCUGCGUGC